CUUGCGUCAGAGAGGUGGGGUCCGAGAAGCAACGCCCCGUGCAGCUCGGGCGGGGCUGCUUCCGAGGCCUGCCUGCAGCCUGGAGCGCGAGCCCGCGAGCCCGAUCGGCUUCGGCAGCUAUGGAGGAGUAUCACCGGCCCGGCGAAGAGGUUGGCUUCAGUGCGGAGGAAGCACACAAUAUUGUUAGAGAGUGCAUAGACAGCGUUUUGUCUGGUGAAGAUUACAACCAGAACAGCAUCAAUCAGUGGACCGCAGCAAUUGUGGAACAAUCCUUAGCUCAUUUGGUCAAGCUGGGGAAAGCUUAUAAAUACAUUGUGACCUGUGCGGUGGUCCAGAAGAGUGCCUAUGGCUUUCAUACUGCCAGUUCAUGCUUUUGGGAUACUACGUCUGAUGGAACCUGCACUGUAAGAUGGGAGAAUCGAACCAUGAACUGCAUCGUUAAUGUCUUUGCUGUUGCUAUUGUUCUGUAAUAGUCUUAAAAUGUUGCAACUUGUUAAUGUGACAGUUUAUAUCAGUGCAUUCUUUGUAAACAAAAAAGUAGUUAUUAAUGUGCUAGACAAAUGUGCAAUAUGCUUCAAAGCUAUCAACUGAAGCUGAUUAUCAUUAAGCCAGUAAUUUCUAGUAAGAUGGUUUAUAUUUUCUAGAGUAUCACUUAAAUAGAAUAAAUUUAAUGUUAGAAAGAAACAAAUACAGGAAUAUGGCAUUACCUGAAAAUGCAACUUUAGAUUUAUACCAGCUUUUGACUAAUCACAUGUACCUAAAGAGAUGGGGGAAAUUCUUUCAGAAAAUAAGAUUUCACAGUGGGAAAGGUGCUUGCCUUGGUAUGUUGCUGACCCAGAUUCAAUCCCUGGCAUUCCGUAUGGUCCCCUAAGCACCGCCAGGAGUCAUUCCUGAGAGCAGAGCCAGGAGUAAUAGCCUCUGAACAUCACCAGAUGUGGCCCAAAAACAAAAAAAAAGGUAACUGUACCCUCACGGUGAUUCUCUAAUUAAAAAUAAAUAAAUUAAAAAAAAAAAAGAGAAAAUAAAAUUUUCUUUCAGCUGGAGAAGUUCACAGGAAUAAACAUAAGAACAGAAAAAAUCCAUAAGGAUAAAUAUGGAGAAAAUAAUAUUAGUUAACACUUCUUAGGCUAUUUCUCCCACUGUGCAAUUAAGUACAUGUGAUAUAGUGGAAAGUAAUUCUUUUCUCUGAGCUAAUAUAAAGCAAUUAUUAACUUCUUACUUUGCAAAUUGUCAAAUCUAUUUUUUUAAUUUGAAAUUCUUGAAUUUGCAUUUUUGGGUGAAUUAAAUCUGCUUACCUAAAUUCCCUAGUUAAAAUGAAUUACCAUGUGGUAAGAAGUAUAUGGUACUCUUAACAGCUACCUUAUAGUUUACUCAUUGGAUAUGGAACAAACGUUUAUUCAAUUCCUACUAUGAGCAUAUUUCCACAAACAUCAUAAUUGUAAAUAUGCUAUUCAAAAAUACAAGUUUUUAUGCCACCUGUUCAGUUAGACAACUAACGUUGAGAGUAAACAUUGCUCUUUGAGAUUGGGGAGAAAGUCAAGCUGGCUACCCAUGUAGAGGCAAGCUAAAUAAGAUGCACUUAUUACUGACAGAACGAUAGAAUUUUAAAAAUCUCUUGCUGCAAGUAAAGCAUACUGAAAUUAUGCAGCUCAUAUUUAAAGGCCUUCUUAGCACCUUAUUAUAUAAAUUUCUUCUUAGCUGUAACCAUCUAAAUAAUUUUAAAUAUUUACAUGGAGUUCAUACUCAUUGAAGUUAGUAUAAAUUAAAAUAUACAAUCACUAGCAGGUUAUCAGAUAUCUCAGGGCUUAGGAAAUGUAGUUAAACUUAUUAGAGAAAUAUAGGUUGAAAUACUGUGUUAUACAGCUGGCCACCAAAUGCGAAGUCAAUCCUUUUUCUGACCAUGAAAGCAAAACCAUUUGCAUAUCACCACAAACACUAACACACAUAAUUGAAUUUCUCAUUGGCUGUUGGAAGGAGAAAGAAAAGUUUAGUAUUAGUAUUGACUAGGUAGUAUUCUUGUAAGAGUACUAUGUAUGUUUGAUAUUUUUCUGAGUAAUAUUUUAAUUCUUAAGAAGACUUUUACAGAAAUACAAUAGAAUGUAAUGCAAUGAUCUACAUUUUUGGCAUGUCAAAGUGCUUAUAGUCAGUACCUCUUUGUUACUCUACCCUGGCUGGCUUUUGUGCCUAUGUAGAUUACCAUAGUGAUCACAAUAUUUGCAGUUAAGACUCGCUUUUGAUAAUUGUUAUUUAAGCCAGAUUUAAAAGAAUAAUGAUUAAAUAUACCUCGUUAACUUGCUUUCUGCUGUUUCUAGUUAAAAUGUAAUAAAUAUUAUCUUUCUGUGCUGUA